AUGAAUUUUACAUAUUAAAAUUUUGUUCAUGUACUUUCAAUCUAAACAAAAACAAAAAUCGGACUCAUUAAAUUGCUUAUGAUAAUUGAGUUUGUUUAAAAUAUUGCAUUGUGUUUUCCAUAACACGGGUGGCAGUAACUAAAAUAUGAUGAUAAAAUGUUAAGCAGCAUCCAAUAGAUAACCAAUUAUAUACUAUUUUUAAAUAGAAAUCCUACUGAAUACUAAUUUGAAGUUUUCAUUAUCUCACUUUCAUUAAUCUAUUUUAUAAUGCUAAUCUUAUACUUCAAUUUCCCAAAAUCACACUAAGUUUCUUAAUUAAUCAGCAUAACUUUAAAUAUUUUCUAGAAGACUUUUAGGAUUCCACUUAUUGUUAUUUACUUUGAAUUCAUGACUCAACACUAAACUAGCGUUUUAGAAAUUAUCAUUACUAUUUUGGUUUUUGCUUUAUUUUUGAUAUUGUUGGCUUCAACUACAUAUCUUUAGAGAGAUAUUGAAAUAAAUUUUAGUAGGAUUUAUUACCCUCUGAAUCCAUUUUAUACUCCUUACUUAAAGAUAAUAUAUACAUUAGAUUUAAUAAGAAUUCUCGUAUUCGUAAUAGUUUAAACUUAAACUGGAUUCAUCAUAUUUUCUAUAUUGACUAUAAUCACUUAGAUUAUUGCAAUAUAUCAUAAUGCAUUCUAAUAAAAUGAUCCAGAAAGAUUUAAUCAAGGCCUUAUCUUUUGCAAUUUAAUGAUUUCAGUUUUUCUAUUAUUAGGAUUAAUUACUAAUAUGAAUGAAAAUUUAAUUUUUAAUCUAUUACUUUACUCAAUGACAUUACUAUUCUACUUAUUUACUCAAAUUGAUUUAUUUUAAUUUAUUAAAUCAAAUAAUAUAAUUCAUGUUAUAGAGAAUAAACUUAAAUUGAAUUUUAAUCAACUAUUAUUAAAAUAAGUAGUUUAAUUUAAAUCCAAUAAUGCAGUUUAUGUUGGCUUUAUAAAAGAAAUAAUUCAAAACGAAAUACUGCACAAUCAUAAUCUUUAGAAUGAAACUAAUGUUUUGAUAUUAUUUGAUUAUCUUACCAAAAAUUAGUAGAGUUACUUUUAAGCUUUGUUUAUCCUCAACAAAUUUGAAUGUUAAUAAAUGAAUCUAACUUUAUUUUAUAAGAUUUAUAGCCAAUUAUAUAAAAAAUCUAUGUAGAAAGAAAUAAUUGAAGUGAAUAAAUCCACUUUACUGAUAUAAUAGUUAAAUAGGGAUCUCUUAAUAGAAAUGGAAUAUUAAAGGAGAUUUUCUGAUAUUCUUACUAAAUAAAUAGAACUUUACAAUAAUUUAUUAUAAGGUAGCAAAAGUUUUGCAGAAAUGGAAAAUAAAAUAAUAUUAGUUUCAUAAUCAAUUUUAAAUACUGAGAAAUGGCUAAUUAAAAAUAAUAUCAAAGACAAUCAUACAAAUAUCAUUUAUUUAAAAAUUUAAAUCAAUUUUAGCUCCAUAAUAAUGUAAAAUUAUGUACAAGCUCUAAAAUUAAAGAAAGUAAUUAAGAAAAUAUUAGAAAGUGACCAUAAAACACUAGAAGCCAUAUAGAUCAUGAAAAGUAAAGCCUUGGUGCUAACAGUUAGUAUGAUUAAACAGAAAGGCAUAAUUUUAAAUGUUAAUUAAUCGAUGCUUUAAUUCUUUGGAUAUAAUAAGGAUUUUAAAUUAGAGUUUUUAGAAUAAUUAAUGCCUGAAGCAAUUUAACCAUUCCAUAGCUAAUUUAUAGACAGAUUUCUUUAAAGAAAUUCAUUGAAAACCAAUUACCUAUAAAAUUCUUUUCAAGUUCUUCAACAAUAAGAGAAUGGUAAACUUUAAUGUUUAGAAGUUAAUUUUACUAUAAGUAGUGAUAAGUCAGACUUUAGCCUUAUUUCUCUAUUAAAAAAAGUCAACUAAGAUAAAGGAUAUAUAAUAUUUGAUACCUCAGGGAAAAUUACUGGUAUGAGUGAUUAUUUAGAGUAAUUUAAUGAAUUACAUUCUUAAAUGAAGCAAUAUAGUUAUAUCUAAUAUUACUCAACAGAGUUGUUUUAUAUCAUACAGAAUAACGAAUUUCUAAAUGAAAAAGAAAUAAGUUUUAUUUAGAGAUUGAAAGUAAAUAAUAUUGAUAAACAAUAUAAAAAGUUUAUUUAAUCCCAGGUCAAAUACAAUAUUUAAAAUAAUACACAUAAUUUAGAUUGCCUAAUUCUUUCAGAUAGAUCAGAUUAGCAUUAACUAUUAAGUUAGAGGAAUAGUUUUUCAAAUCAUGAAACAUUUGAAUUUGACUUUUUGGAUCCUCAAUUAUAAGAAAAACUAACACAGAUUAUUCAUUUGAAUAUUACAGAAAAUGAUGAGGCAUUGAAAUUCAAAAUAAAACUAUAAAAAAUUGAAUUGAAAGGAAAUAUCAUAUAGUAUUAAUUAGAGAUGACUCCAUCAGAGACAAAAUUAGAAUACAAUGAGGAAGUUGAGAACAUCAAUGACGACAUUUUGUAACUAGAAAAUAUUAAAGCUAAAUCCUAAAAUGAUGUCAGCAUAGUUGGUUCAGAAUAAAAAGGGUAGAUUAUUUUACAUGAUCUAACCAUUCUUACUCAUUUACUUUUAUUAAGUAAUUUUAGUGAUUUUGGUUUUAUUAUUUAUGAUGCUGUAAAUUAACUAGCUAAGUAUUGA